AUGGCGCCUCAGCGGUGCAACGAGGAGGCCAGCAGCGCUGCGCCCGCCGACGGCAGGGGCAUCAGGAGAUGGGCCAUGGGACCCAUCAGCAGCCCUGACGUGAUCAAGUUCGCCAAGGCCGCGGCCUCCCAGGGAGCGCAGAACAUCGGCGCUUACGCUGGCACAUCCAACCUGCAGUCCAAGCACGCCUGGGCAGAGCUGAAGAACACCAACGGCGACGUGAUCUUCCACCCGUUCGUCGACCCGAUCGACACGUUGGAGGCAUGGUACCGUAAGGGCCCUGUGGUGUUCAAACCACGGAUCACUGGAGAAGAUGGCGAGACCGCCCAAUUCUGGCACGCCCUUCGGGAUCACCCGACCUACAAAUGCAAUGCUUCGCGCAUCUCGUCCACUACUGUACCUUUGGGCCUACGUGGCGAUGCUGCCCCGACGUCGAAAGCCGACGGCCUUUUCACGCUUCAGUUCAAUAGCCUGUUAGGCCAUGGCGACACGGUUGCUACGAGAGAUAUCCUCACAGCAUUCAAGGAGUCGGAUCUCGACUUAGACAUGUUCGAGCAGAUGGUGGAUCGCAUUGCCUGGAGUUUCAACGCAUUGUUCAAAGGCGUGAUGCCCGCUCUUCAGCACAACGGCGCGCCUCACCCAGAGGCAGGCAGAACGUUGUGCUAUGAGAGAACAUUCGCUACCAUUCAGAUGCGAGGUGAUUGGGAGUACUACUCGGAUUUCUUGCACCUCAACAGGUGGAACAACGCGGAGUGCUGCUACUUGCGCGGUGCGACCCUCGCAGGAGGCGGCACGCGCUUCUCUCGGGCUGAUCUUGGGGCGGGCUGGAGAGCAACACUUGUCGCGCAUAACGGUCACCUGUUGAGCUGCCGACGUGGCGGCAGGCAUCUCAGUAACUUCUUCCAGAUCAUAUCUUUCAGGUUUGAGGGCAUCAUGGUCGAUAUGCUCCAUUGUUUGGACCUGGGCGUGUCCAGCCACCGAAUAGCAAACGUGCUCGUCGAAAUCAUGGCGCGUGGGCAAUGGGGCCCGAACAGGGAAUCACACAUGCAAGGGCUUGUGGCCGACAUCAAGCAGCGGCACCGCUCGCAUAAGCUCGCCCACAAGCUGCAGGGCGAGCUUGUCUUCACCAGGCUCCGCACGCAGGCCGACUGGCCGAAGCUAAAG